AUGGGAAAGUACUUGGCCCAGAACGAAAAAGUUCUAUGUGGCUACAGACCUGCCUUUUCAAACUCAUCAUGGUUACAAAUUCACGAACUAUUCGAAGUGCAGAAAGGCGAGUUUCCAUGGCAAGUGAGUAUCCAGAUCUCUCGGAAACACCUCUGUGGAGGCUCAAUUAUACACCGGUGGUGGGUUCUGACAGCUGCACAUUGCUUCCAAAGAACCCUAUUAGAAAUGAGAGGGGUAAAUGUGACUGUUGUCAUGGGAGCCAGAAAAUCAAGCGAUGUCAAGUUGGAGAGAAAACAAGUACAGAAGAUAAUUAUUCACAAAAACUUUAAACCACCUCACUUUGACAGUGACCUGUCCCUGCUCCUGCUUGCCACACCAAUACAAUUCACUAACUUCAAAAUGCCCAUCUGCCUGCAAGAGAAGGAGUCAGCCUGGGACCGGUGCUGGAUGUUAGAGUGGCCUUCCAGGGACUAUUCCUGA